AUUGCCAACGGUGCGAUGGGAGCAAUCCACGCUGGGGUCUGGCGCGGGAGGAAAAUUGCUGCCAAGCAACUCCACGACUGCACCGGGGAUGCCGCCAUCGCCCUGCGAGAGGAGGUGGAGGUGCAUGCGGCGCUCUCUCACAUCAACAUCGUCGAGUUGCUUGGCGCGAGCCUCGCCCCACCCCACUGCUGCGUCGUCAUGGAGCUGUGCACCCGCUCGCUCUUUGAGCGCGUGCACGGCUGCAGGGAGGGCCUCGGCCGCCGACUCAGCCUGAGGUUGGCGGCGCAGGUUGCCUCGGGCCUGGCGUACCUGCACUCGCGCGCCCCACCGGUGGUGCACCGCGACAUCAAGUCGCACAAUGUCCUGCUCUGCGGCGACACGACCGCAAAGAUAUGCGACUUUGGCCUGGUGCGAAGCAAGGAGCCCACGGCGGGCACUCCCAACUAUAUGCCGCCUGAGACUUUCCUCGCCCAGCCCGGCUGCGGCGGGGUGGACGUCUUUGCGCUUGGCAUCCUGCUCAACGAGCUGUUUUCGAGCGAGGUGCCGUGGGAUGGGUACGAACCCAUGAACAUC